CCCGACUUCCAGAUGGCCUAAGAGAUCGCGUAGCUCAACAAGUGCCCCUUUCCGAACGAACAUCGGCCUAAGAGGAACAAAACUCCAGUUAACGUAAACGCGGUGCACUCCGUCGAAAGACGUCGGCGCGUAAACAAAUCGAGAGCUGUGCUGGUGGGCCACCUGCCGACCGGCGUGGCGCCUACUAUCGUUGUCGACCGUCCAAAGCGGCACGGGGGAAAAAUCGACCCGCUUCCCGAACACAUCGGAACCCGGCGGAAAACCCAACAACGCGAAAAGGUGGCGCCGAAAUCGUACCCGGCCGGCGCACGCGACAUGGAGGGCGAAGUGAGCGUGCUGCUGGUCAUCACGGUGAUCAUCGGCACGAUCCUGAUGACGUCGCUGCUGGCCUGCUACAUCUGCGUGUUCCGGCAGCUGUGCUGCUCGCGGGACGUCGACCUGGACCGCGGGUACAGCACGCGCGGCUCCAAGCGAACCCUGCGCGACAGCACCAACCUGGCGGAGAUCACGAACAUCACCAGCCAGCAGACGGAGAUCGAGAAGGUCUAGCUAAGGGCGGGCGAAGAGGCCAUCACUUCGCUCUAGGACCUCCAACGAAAAUGGCCGGAUGCAAUGUCCCGCCGCUCUUCCCACGUCUUCAAACCCAGCCGGACUUUCGUUUGUAAAUAGCCAUGUUUCCCGCGCGGGGUUUCCCGUGUCUUCCGCCAUCCCGGCUAUGCGGUUCCAAUGGAAUGGGCCAAGGAAUGCCGGUGUCCUCGUGCCAAUCAAAGGAACUUCAAAGCGCACCUAAGGCGUCCACCUCGCAACAUCAACCAUAUCAUCGGAAUCGAAGCAGUUCUGUAUAUGUUUGAAAAAAGAAAGCGCACCCUUCGCUCUCCACCCCCACAAAAAUCGAAUGAUUGAUGUGUUUGUGUCUGUGUACGUGUGCUGAAUGUAUCGAGUUUAUGUAUCGAACGGGGCGUGAGUGUUUUUUGCGGUCAACGCA